AUGGGCUCCAGCUCGCAUCAAGUACGAGAUUCCUCUAUCGUCACUUCGCCGAGCUCAUUGCGCCCUCUGGAUAUGGACCACGAGGCCACGAGCGCAGAUCACCGUGGAAGUAUUGGUCCUCCCAUCAUGCAUCAGGAGGCUCCUUUCUCAUCGCCAAAAAUUCCAUCCACAACGAUGUCGUUGGAUGAAGCACGUGAAUACAGUCCGCAGCGAUCGAGAAGCCUUCUUGCACUUAGCUCUCAAGGCACUUCAUUCCUCCAUCGUGUCUUUUCUGGCAAGUCUGAGCCACAUCCGUCGGAGCAUACACCACCCGUUAGCAUCGACACGGAAAGGCCAAUGCUUAAGCUGCCAAUCUCUGAAGGAAGUUUCAGCCCGAUGCCGAAGCUCCCUUUACUCCAUUUCAGAUCUGCUGCUUUCAGCUCAGCGAGCAGUGUUGUUUAUCAAUCAAUAUUAGGUCGCAAGGGUUGCUUCGCUAACAAAUUCUUUACGGAUCUGUUCAUGGUGCCUGGAUUCAACCUCAAGGACUUCUUAGACUCGCUGCACGCUUACUUUGAUUUUCCGGGCCUCUGUCACCCAUUCAUACCCGAGGAACCAUUUUGGCAAGACUUCAAAGCAGUUCGAUGUAGUCCGGCCCUUAUCCUAGCUAUUGCAUGCCGGGGCCUACCUUUCACAGCGGCAACAGACAAGUGGGAAAAACAGCAACUCCUUGCCAUCUCGUGUGUGAAAGAGCUUAUGAGGGCUAGAACCAGUGGGGCCGCCACUGAAACAAUGCGCCUGGAUGACCUCGAAGCGAUGGCCCUCAUCAUCGAUUUCAAAUACGACGGCAGACAUGCUGGUUUCAAACGAUGCUGGAAAGCGUUCAUGACCCUUGAUGCUCUUGUGCUGAUGACCCUGCAAUCUCGCAAUCGACUAAUGAACUCCGAUCCUUCUGCAACACUGGCGCAUGUCGACGAGCGCUUCGAACUUCUGUAUUGGCAUGUGUAUAGUCUGGAUUCUUUCAAGUGCCUUGAUUGCAAGAGCAUAUCUCUCAUCCCCAAUGACGCCUUGGACCUGGCAAAGGAUCCGGGAUACCUGGCUGAAGGCUACCUUGAUGCGAUUUUGAGCUUGGCAAUCCUUGCGCGGCGAAUCAACCAGGAGUUGUGCAAUGCCACAGCCAGAGGCAAGGGUAUAGAGUAUAGGGAUGCUGAAAUGCUCUACGAGCAGCUUGCCCACUGGCGCACCAGCAUUUUGCCGGCGGACUUGCAGCGACCAGUUGACAGACGGGCUGAGUCACCAGCGGAGUACCGCGCCGUCAGGGAAUCUACUCCCAUACCGUCUAGCAGGCUGGUUCCUGUUCGCCGUGCAAUUUUGUGGGCUCUUGAACUCAAUUGCUACUUGCAAAUCGACGACUGUGUCGCCCAAUAUGGCUUUAAGGACAGAGCCUCAAUUCGCGCCCAGGCGAUGGCUCACCUUGUGGGGUACCAGAGUCACAGGGCGGCGCUCGAAGCAGUCGAUUUGGCCAAUGUGAUCAGACGCUGUCGUCCGGGGAACCAGGAAGCCAAAGACGCCGAAGACAGGCCGUUGGUCGAUAUUGCGCCGUCCGUACUACGGGAUAUCUGCGCUAGUGCAUGUGGUUGGGUUUGUUUGCAUGACGAAGACCCCUCAAAGCUACAAGUUUCGCAUACGUCAGCAAAUGUCAAACUCGAAAUCCCUGCUCAAGCUUCGGGGGACGAGACCAAGAGGAGAAGGGCAGAUCUCGCCGAAAUGGGAAAGACGCUUCGGGAUACCGUGGCCGCAGCUUCAUCCCAUGGAGAUACGGAGAAGUUGGUUAAGCGCCUGGACAGUCAACUAGCAAUUUUUCAGGAAGGACAAUCUAUGAUGAGCUGA